AUGACCGCCAGGCCGUUUGGUGCGUUUGACUGGCCAGCACACUCACUCAGACCGGAACACUGCAAACUGAGAAUCUAUGGGGCAUCACCCAUUAAGGAGAUGAAAUGCCUCCCGUGUGCUGCUUGGGGCUGUACAAACCGCCGCACAAUUGAAAAUAGGUCUCAGGGAAUUACUUUUCACAGGUUUCCCAAAAACAUACAGCUGAGGAGGCAGUGGGAAGUAGAUUUAAGAAGAGAAGGUUUUUCCGCAAGCGAGUCCUCCGUGCUAUGCAGUGAACAUCUUCCAAUAGGCGCUGAGGAACUUUGA